GCACUGACCACCCUCUCUCCACACCAGUUGUCAGGGGCCUGUGGCUCCCAUAGCCCCCUGGGCUUGACCGUCACAGUACUUAUAGAUUUAUGACACUGCCUUCUUAUGACCUGUCUCCUUAAGGACAGAUCUCUGAACGCAGCACCCUAGACCGCUCGGCCAUCCUGACAAGGACAGAUCUCUGUAUCCCAAGAAUUGCCCAGAACAGGGUGGGUUGAGAGCCUCUGUUGAAUAAAGAAAAAGGGGUUGUGGGGGGAGUAGGCAGGCAGAGGGCCCUGUAAAGGCAAAAGCCUGAAUGCCUCUUACUUGAGGGGUCCACCUCCCCCUCCCAGUCUGGUUUCCACCUUUGUGGUUUCUCCAGCUCCGCCCUCUCAACCCCUCCAGCUUAGUAUUACAGUUUCCUGUCCCCAGCACUCUGGUCUGUAGCAACAUGGCAGUAAUUGUCCACCUCUCCUGCCUCCUGGCCCUGUUGGUGCCAGGUCUGGCCCAAGGCAUCAAGAACUCCCUAAGGGUUCAGGACCCAGGUCGUCGGCCGCUGGAACUGAAAGAGGUCUUCACUUUGUUUCAGAUCCAGUAUAAUCGAAGUUACUUGAACCCAGCAGAGCAUGCUCGCCGCCUGGAUAUCUUUGCCCGAAACCUGGCCCGGGCUCAGCAGCUGCAGGAGGAGGACUUGGGCACAGCCGAGUUUGGGGUGACUCCAUUCAGUGACCUCACAGAGGAGGAGUUUGACCAGCUGUAUGGGAAUCAGAGGACAGCUGGAAAAGCCCCCAAUGUGGACAGAAAGGUAGGAUCUGAUGAGUGGGUGGAGUCAGUGCCCCAAACCUGUGACUGGAGGAAGAAGCCCGGUGCCAUCUCGUCUGUCAAGUACCAGAAAAACUGCAUGUGUUGCUGGGCCAUGGCAGCAGCCGGCAACAUCGAAGCCCACUGGAACAUUAAAUACAAACAGUCUGUGGAAGUCUCUGUGCAGGAGCUAAUUGACUGUGACCGCUGUGGGGAUGGCUGCAGAGGCGGCUUCGUCUGGGACGCAUUCAUUACUGUUCUCAACAACAGUGGCCUGGCUAGCGAAAAGGACUACCCAUUCCAGGGGGAAGCUAGAAAGCACAAGUGCCAGGCCAAGAAGCACAAAAAGGUGGCCUGGAUCCAGGAUUUCAUCAUGCUGUCGGACAACGAGCAGAGUAUUGCCCGGUACCUGGCCACUGAGGGCCCCAUCACUGUGACCAUCAACAAGAUUCUACUGCAGCAAUACCAGCAGGGUGUGAUCAGGGCCACACGAACCACCUGUGACCCUCAACAUGUGGACCAUGCUGUCCUGCUGGUGGGUUUUGGUAAGACCAAGUCGGUGGAGGGGAGGCAGGCAAAGACAGUCUCAUCCCAGUCUCAUCGUCGUCACUCCACCCCAUACUGGAUCCUAAAGAACUCCUGGGGGGCCGACUGGGGUGAGAAGGGUUAUUUCCGGCUGCACCGAGGGAGCAAUGCCUGUGGUAUCACCAAGUACCCGCUUACUGCCCGAGUGAAUCAACCAGUUAAGAAGCAGCAUCAAGUCACCUGCCCUCCCUGAGCCUACCCCUCAGCUCUCUCCUGCUAAGCAAGCUGCCUCCUUGCAGGCCACACCCCAAAGUCUUCUCCAGUCCUCCAAAUUGUCUUGCUAAGGGUUGAAUAAACAAAGAUAAGGUUCUGUAUUCCAAGUGGACUCAGCUGGGUGGGGAAAUGGAGAGGGAGAGCAUAGACACCAUUCCUAGGCAUGUCCUAGUCCCUGCAGGGCCAGAUACACACACAUGCACACCUCCCACACACGAACCCCUAUGUGUACCCAGGCACAGGCUCCUC